GUGUGAAGUUGUAGGUUUUCAACUCCGUCGUCUGUCGACUGGCUUUCGAUAAUGUCUGCAAUGGCCUUCAUAUCACCUCGUUCUUGGGUUGGCAAUAAGGACCGCGAGAGAUUUUGUCAUGAAAGGACCCGUCAGAAUAAUAGCAGGGAUCCACAUACCACGCUACUGCGAAGAUACUCUACAAUGAUGGAGACCAAGACCACGUUCAAGCGAGUCGAGAAGGCCGACUGCGGCGCUAUGGCGGCUUGCUGUAGCUUUCCGUCCUCAUCUUACGCCUCUUAUAGUGACAGAUGGUUGCGAGCAACAACUAGAGGCGACGCAUAUGCUUGUCGAUCGGUACUCAACGUUACGACAUCACCCGAAAGUACGGGGACGAGUGGUCCGAGUACUAAAGCAUCGAGUCAACCUUGUUCGAGCCCAGAAGAUACCUCUGACGGUCGUCUAGGCUUCGAGCAUGACGACUCUGAAGAGGAGUACCCACGUGGUAUAUCAUCUCGAGACAUUCCGGACCGAACAGAUAUUGACUGCUUUUUGCCGUCUUUGUCGAGAGUCUUGGACCACCUUAUUGUGCUGGGAGAAGAGAGAGAGAAGAGCAUGGCGAACAGCAACAACAACAACAAACCUGUGCGAUCUCGGUUCCAUUCGGUCACUGUUCCAAGUAUCUCAAUUUCCGAUUAUCUUUUACGAUUAUCGAAGUUCUUCCACUGCUCCGGCGAAUGCUUUGUGAUUGCUUUGGUGUAUUUGGAUCGUGCUGUGAAGGAAUCGUCUUAUUCGGAGGACACUGAUGUUGAUGUCACGGUCGCUGGUCACGAACAUACCACAAUUUUCAACAUCACACGCUUGAAUGUGCACAGAUUGUUUCUGACAGCUUUAACUUUGGCCGCUAAGUAUUACGACGACUGUUAUUACGCGAAUAAAGAUACGCUGAA